GCUAUAAUCUAUGCUCACAGUCUUCGUUUGCCACUCGGCGCGUUCGCAAGUACUGGAUCGCACAUACUCUGCUUCACACCUGCGCUUGCCAAUAUGAAUCCAUCCCAAAACGCUCUCAAAAAUCUGCCCAAAUCUAGGGUCGAGCUUCAUGUGCACUUGGAUGGAUGUGUGAGACAUGAAACAUUAUGGGAACUUGCAAAGAAAAAAGGCCUCCAAUUACCAGGCAAAGGGACCUUUCAAGAGUUACGUGAUGCACUAGUGAUAAAAGAUCCAGUUGAUCUGAAAUAUUUCUUACAUCCCUUCCUCAUAUUUACUCCAUAUGUUGCUGGUGACCUUGAUGCCAUGGAGAGAAUUGCAUAUGAAUUCUGUGAAGAUGAAGCCAAAAAUGGAGUAACUUAUGUUGAAGCACGAUACUGUCCACACUUUUGGUUGGGCACAGAGGACUACCAUGGGAAACUGAAAGAAUUAGGGGAGAUUGUGAAUGCUGUAAAUCGUGGCUUUGAACGUGGAGAAACUGACUUUGGUGUCAAAGCAAAGACUAUACUCUGUGCACUCAAUGGUACAGGCAUGAUAAAGGAUGUUUUGGAACUAUGUAAAAAGUUUAAAGGUGAAGGUGUUGUUGGAAUGGACAUAGCAAUGAAUGCGUAUGAUAAAUCAGAAACCUAUGUUGAAGUGCCGCUUAACCCAGAAGAGAUUGCUGCAUAUGAAGAAGCUAGAAAAUGUGGUAUUCACCGAACACUGCAUGCUGGUGAAGCUGGGGGAGCUGAUAUGGUACAAAGAGCAGUGGAAGUAUAUCACACAGAGCGUGUAGGACAUGGUUAUCGGGUGGUUGAAAGUGAAGCAAUUUACAGCAGCUGUAAAGAGAAAAAAAUACAUUUUGAAACUUGCCCUUGGUCAAGUUAUCUAACUGGAGCUGUCCCAUUAGGUACAAGGAAGCAUCCAAUUGUCAGAUUUGCUGAAGAAGGUGUAAAUUUCUCUCUAAAUUCUGAUGACACUACACUGACUGGAAGAACGCUAAGAGAUGAUUAUGCACUCGCCGCAAGUUGGGGCCUCACUGAAGCCCAUGCAAUUCGUGCAAAUUUCAAUGCAGCCCACUCAUGUUUCUUGCCUGAUAAGGAGAAAGACCAUUUGAUCCAGAAGCUGUACAAAGAAAUAAACAUAACUGUCUAAACCAUAUUUAAAAUUUUGUUACAUGUUAUAACAAAGAAUGUGUACUGAAAGAUAAGUUAAUUUUAUGUUUUUUAUGUGCUGGUUGACAAUUUUUUAUUUUAUUUUUGUCAGUACUGGUUAUUAAAUAAAACAGUCUUCCUUGCCUCAAGUAUGCAAAUUGAAUGGUGUGCAAUUAUCAUCAGUUUCAUCUCACUCAUUGAUCUGCUUCAUCAUAUAUCAGGCAAAUGCUUUUUAUUUAUUUAAACACCGUUAGACUGUUUACCUAUUAAAAUGUAAAAUUAAUUCUUUAAAAUAAAACAGCAGACUUUUUUAAUUUGGAAA